CGUGGUACCGUCGUAUAUACAAAUAAAGCGCGAUACUUCCGACCACCUUUUUCGUAGUUUGGCUCUCCCUGCGUUUCGUGAGUCUAAUACGUAAAUAUAUGUCUGCACGUGUGUCCAUAUACCUAUACAUGGAAGGAAGGAAUCGAGGUUGCAGUAUGAAAGCGCAAGCGCCACGAGGUAUUCCUUCGAGAGACGAGAGAGAAAGAGAGCUUGAACGAAAUCGAGCACGAGUUUUAUCGAAAUGCAGUGUCGACGGAGUGUUUCCUUCUCAGUGUUGUUCUCAAAUAAAUCACAAUACCGGGACUAGGAUAAUGAGCAAUAACGCUUUAAGGUCAUUAGUGAAGCGUGCUUUUUUGGGUAUUUUAUCAUCGACGAGAAAAAACCAAAAAAUAGUUUCUCUGCAACGAAAGGACAUCACUUUUCGUCCAAUCCUUCAAUUAUUCUCAAGUAAAUCGUCUGUCUGGACUACUUUCACCGAAGCAUGGACGGCUGGACGGAAACAGAUGCUAACCUUGCCAAAGCCUGAGCAAUACUGUCACUGUACUCAAGAAGAACGCAAAUCUGCCGGCUCUGUCGUCACCGAUCAGAUGCCGCGAACACGGAGGCGUCAUCGCUCCCGCAGCCAUUCUCGUACGCGUUCCCACUCUGCUGGCUCGCCGCAAUACGAUCACAAGCGUAGACGCAUCGACUAUGAAAGCCCACAAACCAAAGGCACUUACAGGUAA